AUGGCUUCCCAACUUCCUUCCCCUUCAUCCUCCGCCUCCCUCUCUCCUCGCCAACCGACCUCUCUCGGCAUGUCGCGUCACCCGUCGGACCACUCCGACCACUCGGCAAGCGCCAACGAGGAGCGGUCCCCUCUCGACAUCCGCCGCGAGAAGAACAGGAUCAAGCAGCGCAACCUUCGUCUGCGCCGUGCCAACCAGAUGGCCAACCUCGAGGAGACUGUCGCUUCGCUGUCGUCCAAGUCCAAGCAGCUCGAGGAGCGCGAGCAGGUCCUCGGCCAGUGGGUUCGUCAGCUCGAGGAGGUCCUUCUUUCAAGGGGUGACCGCGACGCUGUCGAGCGCCUUCGCCGCACCUUUGGAGCUGAGCAGCCCCGUGACGCUCUCGCUACCCUUGCCAGCGCCGCUUCCUUCCAGGGCCGCCCCCGGUGGGAAGACGACAGCCGCAAGCGCCGCCGCGAGGAUGACUACAACGGUCACAUCAUGCGCAACCCGGGCCCCUCCGCGCCCGCUCCCCCUCCCCACUCGCACCACUCCCACCCCGCCAUGCACCAGCCGCCGUCGGGCAGCCAGCAGCAGCGCCUCCCCUCUCCCUCGCGCAUGAGGAUCGACCAGCUCGUCACCCCCGUUCGUGACUGGUGGACGGCCGAGUACGAGCAGAAGCCCCGCCUCCCUCCCACGCCGCACAUGGAGUACGAGCACAAACGUCUGUCUCCUAUCCUCUCCGACUUUGACAAGCCCCGAGUGGCCACCCUCCCGUCGAUCCGUACCCCUUCCCCCUCGACGGACCGAAGGCCGAUGUCUUCAUCGAGCUCGUCGGGCACCCGCCCCACCUGGUCACCAGUGCAGCAGGUGCAGAGCAUCAACAUCAGGCUCUAG